CGCAUUUAUUCAGUAGCAGGAGCGCGCGGAGCGCAUAAAUUGGGUGAGAAAGGCAGAGUGAGCAUGCUGUUAGGAGUUGUCAGCCUCAGAAUUGGAUUUCUUGAAUAUAGUUACAGUUUCGGAGCAAAUGAGAACUGGGAGGAACACGUUUCUACUCCGAGAAUAGCUUCUUCGCGGCAGCUCAAUUUAAACGGGUGUUUAAAUUAGAUUUGAGUUAGUGUAGUCGUUUCAUUUUUGCAUGGAAUGCACCGUGGCGUCUCACUUUAGUUUUAGACAUCGUUAAUUGCAAGCGUGGAUAUUACUGACGCGCUGCUGCGUACGCGAAUACAACUGAAGGGACAUCGCUGCAUAUAAUCUCCGAAAUACAUUAAACAAUAGAAUAACGGACACACACGUUUCUCUACAUGGCUUUCCGUCUCUGAACAGCGGAAAACCACACAGACGAGCCUGCCUGUGUAAUUAAAGCUUGCGGCAGCAACGCGGACGAUUAUUAUUUUUGUUGUUGCAAAGCAAUUUCUUCUCAGAGACGCGAGCGGCGCGCGCAGAAGUGUGCUGGAGCCGAGAGCGGAUCGCCUGGAGCCGGACUCCUCGCUCCUCAGGACGAUGGUGUUAGACAAGGAAGAGGGGCAGAAAUGGGGGAAGGGUCUACUAUCGAGAUUCCAGGCUGUGCAAAGAAUGAUGACAGGUUUAAAAUGUGCUGAGACUAUAUAGGGCUUCUAAAAGCAUAUCUCAGCUGGCUCUUUUUUGGAAAACAACAAGAGGUUUCUCCGAGAUGGCAGAAACAAGAUGAUUAGCUCAGACAGAAUACAGCGCUCCUCACAUCAGCUAACUCAUCCUGGAGGUUGCUCUAGCCUGGUGAGACAGGAAGCGCUAGCCGCCUUAAAUCUGGGUUAGGAAACCUGUCACAGCGCGAUGGUGUCAUUCAGUUACCCACAAACCUGAAUUCAUCCAGGUGUGCCGAUGCUCUCCGUCCAGCCCAAAGGAAAACAGAAGGGAUGCGCCGGCUGCAACCGUAAGAUUAAAGACCGCUACCUGCUCAAGGCCCUGGACAAAUACUGGCAUGAAGACUGCCUGAAAUGUGCCUGCUGCGACUGCCGCCUGGGGGAGGUGGGCUCCACCCUCUACACCAAAGCCAAUCUCAUCCUCUGUCGCAGGGACUACCUGAGGCUCUUUGGUACAACGGGGAACUGUGCAGCCUGCAGUAAACUGAUCCCAGCCUUUGAAAUGGUGAUGAGGGCCAGAGAUAAUGUUUACCAUUUGGACUGUUUUGCCUGUCAGCUUUGUAACCAGAGGUUUUGUGUGGGCGACAAGUUUUUCCUAAAAAACAACAUGAUUCUGUGUCAGAUGGACUAUGAGGAAGGGCAGCUCAACGGGAGCUUUGAGACACAAGUUCAAUAGCCAAUCAAACGACGGCAGCGGCAGCUCUCGGUCCACACACACAAACACACGCUUCUGUGCGAUGGAUGUUCUGCUGCACUCAGAGAGAAGAGCAUCGGUCUGCUUGCCUGCAAUACUUUUUACAGUAAAAGCCCUAUUGGUCCCUGAGGACUCUAUUGUAAAUGUACUACUUUUUGGCCCUUCCUGUCCCCAACACUGAGCAGUUACACGUUUUGAUGUACAGUUGUGCCUGCUUAGCUGAGCACUGUAUUGCCUGUAUGGUUUUUGUGAUGUUUUUCUGUUUUGGUCUCUAACACUCUCUCUAUUUCUCUCUCUCUCUCACACACUUGCUCUAUUUCUCUUUCUCUUGUUCUUCUAAUGCUUCUCUGAGGGUAUGUACAGUCUGUUUUCUGUAUAUAUAAACUGGAACAUUUAUUUUAUGAAACUGUAAUGCAAUUUUAUUACCAGUGUGAAUUAAAAAGAUUCUUAAAUGUU